GUCUCAAUCCGUACCUCCUUUCUUACUGGUCCUGUUGUUUUGGGAUAACCAUCAGCCAGAAUGCCUGGUGCUUAUAAAGGUGAAUGUGGGGAUGAUGUGGACCCCAUGGUGUUCCUGGCACCUUCGGAGAAGGAAAAGCUUGAUGCUAUAAACAAGCCAUAUGACAUCAAGAAGUCUUGCUGGGUGAAGGAUGACAAGGAGGCCUUUAUUGCAGCCGAGGUUCAGUCUGAGAAAGGUGAACAAGUCACUGUGAAGACUGUCAAAAAUACGACCCUCACCAUUAAGAAGGAUGAUAUUCAGCAAAUGAACCCACCAAAGUUCUACCAAGCUACUGACAUGGCUAACCUGACCUUCCUCAAUGAGGCUAGCGUCUUGGAAAAUCUGCGCUCACGAUACGUGAACAUGAGAAUUUAUACUUAUUCCGGAUUGUUUUGUGUUACCAUCAACCCCUAUAAGUGGCUGGCAAUCUAUGGUGCCAGAGUAGCGCAAAUGUACAAGGGGAGGAAAAGGAAUGAGAUGCCUCCCCAUCUGUUCUCCAUUUCUGACAAUGCCUACCAUGACAUGCUGAUGGAGCACGAAAACCAGUCUAUGCUGAUCACUGGAGAAUCUGGUGCUGGCAAAACUGAGAAUACGAAAAAGGUCAUUCAAUAUUUUGCCAAUGUUGGUGCAGUAACAGGUGGAAAGCAGGCUCCUGAAUCCAAGGGAUCCCUGGAAGAUCAAAUCAUUCAGGCUAAUCCUGUCCUGGAGGCUUUUGGAAAUGCCAAAACAACAAGGAAUAACAAUUCCUCUCGAUUUGGUAAAUUCAUCCGAAUCCACUUUGGCCCCACUGCUAAGCUGGCUGGUGCUGAUAUUGAGAGCUAUCUGCUUGAAAAGUCCCGUGUCAUUUCCCAGCAAGCUGCUGAAAGAGGGUACCAUAUAUUCUACCAGCUCCUCUCUGGAAAAAUUCCAAGACUUCUAGAAAUGCUAUUGGUAAAUCCUGACCCCAAACAAUACGUUUGGGUUUGCCAGGGUGUCACAGUGGUCGACAAUAUGGAUGAUGGUGAAGAGUUGUGUCUCACUGAUGUUGCCUUUGACGUCUUGGGCUUCACCCUAGAAGAGAAGGACUCAGUGUACAAGCUAACAGGAGCCAUCAUGCAUUUUGGCAACAUGAAAUUCAAGCAGAAGCCAAGAGAGGAGCAGGCAGAUGUUGACACAACUGAGGUGGCUGACAAAGUUGCCCACCUGAUGGGUCUCAAUUCAGGGGAUUUACAGAAGGGCAUAACCAGGCCUCGUGUCAAAGUGGGCAAUGAAUUUGUGCAAAAGGGCCAGAACCAUGAUCAGUGCAACUAUUCAAUUGGUGCCUUGGCCAAGGCUGUUUAUGACCGGAUGUUCAAGUGGAUGGUCACCAGGAUCAAUAAGACCUUAGACACCAAGAUGCAACGUCAGUACUUUAUUGGUGUGCUGGACAUUGCUGGUUUUGAGAUCUUUGAGUUUAACAGCUUUGAGCAACUGUGUAUCAACUUCACCAAUGAAAAGCUGCAACAGUUUUUCAACCAUCACAUGUUUGUCUUGGAGCAAGAAGAAUAUAAGAAGGAGGGCAUUGACUGGGUGUUCAUUGACUUUGGGCUGGACUUGCAAGCCUGCAUUGAGCUGCUUGAGAAGCCUAUGGGUGUAUUCUCCAUUCUGGAAGAGCAGUGCGUGUUCCCAAAAGCCACCGAUGCCACUUUCAAGGCUGCCCUCUAUGACAAUCAUCUGGGCAAGUCUAACAACUUCCUUAAGCCAAAGGGUGGAAAGAAGGGUCCCGAGGCACACUUUGAGCUGGUGCACUAUGCUGGAACUGUGGGUUAUAACAUUACAGGAUGGCUGGAGAAAAACAAGGACCCCCUCAAUGAGACAGUAGUGGGCCUGUUCCAGAAAUCAUCCAUGAGCCUGCUGGCUAUUCUCUUCAAAGAGGAGGAAGCUGCAGCUGGUGCCAAGAAGCAAAAGAAAGGGUCUUCUUUCCAGACUGUCUCAGCUUUCUACAGGGAACAACUGAACAAGCUGAUGACCACUCUGCGUAGUACUGCCCCCCACUUUGUCCGCUGCAUUGUGCCAAAUGAAUUUAAGCAAUCAGGUGUCGUUGAUGCCUUUCUGAUUUUACAUCAGCUGGCUUGUAACGGUGUGCUGGAAGGCAUUCGUAUCUGCAGGAAAGGCUUUCCCAACAGGCUACAGUAUCCAGAGUUCAAGCAACGAUAUUAUGUGCUGAACCCAAAUGCUAUCCCAAAGGGAUUUGUGGACAACAAGAAAGCUUCAGAACUUAUAUUGAGUGGCACAGGCUUGGACGACACAGAAUACAGAAUUGGACACACUAAGGUGUUCUUCCGUGCUGGAGUGCUGGCUAAACUAGAGGACAUGAGAGAUGAACGUCUAGCAAAGAUUAUGACCAUGCUGCAAGCCCGGUGUCGUGGAUUUCUCAUGAGGAUCGAGUUCAAAAAAAUGCUUGAGAGGAGGCUCAGCUUGAUAGCUAUCCAGCGUAAUGUGAGGAAGUUCCUGCAGCUGCGUUACUGGGGCUGGUGGAAACUUUACAACAAGGUGAAGCCUUUGUUGAAUGUAGCCCGCCAGGAAGAUGAAAUGAAGGCAAAGGAAGAAGAGUUGCGAAACGCAAUGGAGAAGACUCAAGAUCUUGUCAACAGACUCAAGGAGUUGGAAGAGAAAGUGGCUACCCUCUCACAAGAGAAGAAUGAUCUUUCCCUGUUGCUUGUUGCUGAACAAGAAUCUCUUGCUGAUGCUGAAGAGCGUUGUACUCAGCUGGUGAAGGUCAAAAUUGACAUGGAAAGUCAGAUCCAGGAGAUGAAGGAGCGCCUGGAAGAAGAGGAAAGCGCUGCCUCGAGCCUGGGUGCCAACAAGCGCAGGCUGGAAGGGGAACUUAGUGAUCUUAAGAGAGAUCUGGAGGGACUCGAGUCCACUCUUGCCAAAACAGAAAAAGAGAAACAGGCCCUAGAUAACAAGGUUCGCACUUUGACAGGGGAUCUUGGUCAAAGAGAUGACAGCAUUGCCAAACUGCAGAAAGAGAAGAGGGCCCUUGAUGAACUCUACCAGAAAGCACUUGAUGACCUUCAGGCUGAAGAGGACAAAGUAAACCACCUAACCAAAAAUAACAGCAAGCUGAACACACACAUUCAUGAGCUUGAAGACAACUGGGAACAAGAGAAGAAGAUUCGUGCAGAAGUAGAGAAAGCACGUCGCAAAGCAGAAGGGGACCUGAAAAUGACAAUCGAAAACCUGAAUGAAAUGGAAAGGGCCAAACUUGACCUGGAGGAGAUUGUCAAAAAGAGAGACCUUGAAAUGAAUCACCUCAACACUAAACUGGAGGAUGAGCAAUCCCUUAACUCGACUUUACAGAGGAAACUCAAAGAGCACCAGGCCCGUAUUGAGGAGCUGGAAGAAGAACUUGAAGCAGAACGUGCAAUAAGAGCCAAGAUUGAAAAGCAGAGGGCUGAACUUUCACGUGACUUGGAGGAUUUGAGCGACAGACUAGAGGAAGCCGGAGGAGCCACAGUUGCUCAGAUUGAGCAGAACAGGAAGCGUGAAGCAGAGCUCUUGAAAUUGCGCCGUGAGCUUGAAGAGGCAGCCCUACAGUCCGAGGCCACGGCUUCAGCCCUAAGGAAGAAGCAUGCUGACUCCAUGGCUGAAAUGGCAGAACAUAUUGAGAACCUCCAGAGAGUCAAAGUCAAGCUGGAAAAAGACAAACAGGUCAUGAAAGCAGAAGUGGAUGACCUAAGCAGCAGCAUGGAGUCUGUACAGAAAGCCAAGCUGAAUUCUGAGGCUCAUGUACGUAAGCUGGAGGACAACUUGGCUGAAGCAAAUGCAAGAAUUGCUGAGAUGGAGAGAAACCAGACUGAGCUUAAUGCAUUCAAAACCAGACUUUCAGCUGAGAACACUGACCUCAGCCGGGAACUGGAAGAGACAACCAGCAGGCUUAACCAGUUUUUGCGCAUCAAGACUACAUUGACAUCUCAGACUGAUGAGCUGAAGAGGCAGGUGGAUGAGGAAUCCAAGUCCCGCAGUACCGCAAUGGUCAGCCUAGCCAAUUCCAAGCAUGAUUUGGACCUGAUGAAAGAACAGCUUGAGGAAGAGCAGGAGAGUAAGGCCGAGAUGCAGCGUCUCAUCUCCAAGCUCAACUCUGAGGUCACUACCUGGAGAACCAAGUAUGAGACUGAUGCCAUCCAGAAAACUGAAGAACUGGAGGAGACCAAGCGUAAGCUAGCUGCCAGACUUCAGGAAGCAGAAGAAGCUUCAGAGGCAGCACAGGCCCGCGCUGCCAGUCUUGAUAAAGCCAAACAGAGACUGCAGGGAGAGGUAGAAGAUCUUACCAUUGAACUUGAAAAGUCUAAUGCAGCCGCAGCAGCCCUAGACAAAAAACAGCGCACCUUUGACAAGAUGAUUGCUGAGUGGAGCCAGAAGUGCGAGGAGAUCCAGGUGGAACUUGACAAUUCCCAGAAGGAGUGUCGCACCUAUAUGACAGAAGUCUAUAAGUUGAAGACUGUUUAUGAGGAAUCAAUUGAACACCUUGAGACCAUCAAAAAGGAGAACAAAACCCUUCAUGAGGAAAUUAAGGACCUUGUGGAUCAGCUUGGAGAAGGUGGAAAGAGCCUCCAUGAGGUGCAAAAGGCUAAGAAGAAGCUGGAAAUUGAAAAAGAUGAAUUGCAGGUGGCUCUUGAGGAAGCUGAAGCUUCACUAGAGGUUGAGGAGAGCAAAGUUGUUCGUAUUCAGCUUGAAUUGGCACAGGUUAAAGCAGACAUAGACCGCAGGAUACAUGAGAAAGAAGAAGAAUUUGAAAUUACAAGAAAGAACCACCAGCGUGCAAUAGAAUCUUUGCAGGCAAGUCUGGAAACAGAGGCUAAAGGCCGAGCUGAAGCUUUGCGCUUGAAAAAGAAGAUGGAGUCUGAUCUGAAUGAGAUGGAGAUCCAAUUGGACCAUGCCAACAAAAACAACAGUGAGCUGGUCAAGACCCUGAAGAGACUCCAGCAGCAAAUAAAGGACAUGCAAAUGCAAAUGGAUGAAGAUGCUCGUCAACACGAGGAACUGCGUGAACAAUACAACUUGCAGGAGAGGCGUCUCAGUCUUCUGCAGACAGAGCUAGAAGAAGUCCGCAGUGGCCUGGAGGCCUCCGAGCGUUCCCGCAAACUCAUUGAACAGGAACUGGUGGAGGUCACUGAGAGGCAUAAUGAGCUAAGUGUGCAGAACCAAAGCCUUGUGGUCAUCAAACGCAAAAUGGAAUCAGACCUGCAACGACUCAGUAAUGAACACGAGGAGCUCAUCAGCGAGUUCCGUACUGUAGAUGAAAGAGCUAAGAAAGCAGUCGCCGAUGCAACGCGCAUGGCAGAGGAACUGCGCCAGGAACAAGACCACUGUGCACACCUUGAGAAAGUCAAGAAGAGCAAUGAAAUUACCAUCAAGGACUUGCAGAUGAAGAUUGAGGAAGCUGAGCAGCUUGCUUUGAAGGCGGGCAAACGCACCAUUCAGAAACUUGAGGCCCGGGUUAAGGAGAUAGAAACAGAACUGGACUCUGAGCAGAAGCGUCACGUGGAGACAGUAAAGAUUCUGAGAAAGAAUGAGCGCCGCCUCAAGGAGCUUGUGUUCCAGUCAGAGGAGGACCACAAGACCAACCAGCGAAUGCAGGAACUGGUGGAGAAACUGCAGAACAAGCUGAAGGCUUAUAAGAGGCAGAUUGAAGAAGCUGAGGAACAAGCCAACCAGAGCCUGUCUAAGUAUAGAAAGGCAGUCCACGAGCUGGACGAUGCAGAGGAGAGAGCCGGUAUGGCUGAAUCUGCGCUGAACAAACUGCGCACCAGAAACCGCGUAUCUGUAGGGAAGGGCUUCACUUCAGUGGAGAUCAUUCAGGUCUCCAAAUCUUCCUCCUCCAAAGGUGCUUCUGAGGAAUAGAAAGCUUUUCUACACAGUCGGGUGACAUGCUUCCUCCUUCCUAUCCAUGCCCAUCAUUGGACUCUGGAAGACCCUACAGGUUCAACGAAGUCUUAAUGUGUAAUGUUUGUUAAUGUUGCAUGUUGAGUUGGUCAUACCGCACCUUAAUUUGCCUUUGGCUGAUGAUGAGCUGUGUAUUUGAAAAGGAACACCUCACUCUCAUAUCAAGGAUGGAGAGUGCAGCCUAGCAUGUGACCAGACUGAUACAUGUAUAUAAGUGCUUAAAAAAAGUCUUAAAUUAGCCAAAAUAAAGCUUAUCUUCAAAAUCAAACCAAGAAA